CUGAAAACUCCUUUCCUACACCGCUCGUGCCCGAAUUGCUCCUCCUUCUCCACGCAGCUUGUGGCCGAAGCUGCGUUGUUUCGAGCAAAUAGGUUGAGUGGAUAACAAAGACCUCUAAAUAGUAUUGCUUUCAGUUAUAGCUUAAAUUACUAUGGCUUUGAGGCGGAUGCUUGGGUGGUCUGAUGGAGAGCUGAUGAGAUCAGAUGCAAAGCCUUGCACUCGACUCAUGAGACACACAGCUGGUGUAUUCUCUGUCGGAGGAGGCCUUACCUUUUGGGUCCUUUGUAGGUUGCAUUAUGACUCCAGAAUAACUGUUCCAAGAAGUCUCAGGUGGGCUACUUGUGGAGCCAUAUCAAUGAGCUGCACAUCGGCCCUGCUGGUCCGUCUCUUUAGUCCAGAGUGUGAACCACAGAAUGUUGCUGCUUAUGACACCGGCUCGUAAAACCAUCCCGUACCUUUUUUUUUUUUCCUGAAGAUCGAGAAUUAUCUGCUGAAGCUUUGCUCGUAUUGUAACGAGAGAUUUUUACAUGCGGAAUUUAAACACCGAGAACCGUUCGGUUUUACGCCUGUCACAAAAUUGAAUUGUUCUCUUUGUCCGUACUCUGCACGUAAUAAUCUCUCUAUUGUAACAAAUUGCUCACUGAAUAAAGUAGUUUGUAUCAACAGUCCAUGACUCAAUUUUAUCUAAUAGUGUAUUUCUAUUUUGUCAGCAUUUACUGAAA